GUAUGUUACAAAACCUACCUGAAUCGUGGCUGAGCAUCUGCCCCACCCCUUGUGUGUGAUUUUGGCGCUGUUUGGAGGGGGCGGGUUUAAAACGCGAUUUUUACUAGGCUGUUCCAAUCGCAGAUGUUCAGCCUAGUAAAUCAUUAACGGAGAAUCGCUGCAAGACCCGGUCGCAAAAGCUAUUAUUAGUUUUAUAGGCCUCGAAUAAUAGAUAUAAUAGUUUUAAAAGCUCUCGUUCACUCCGCAACCUCUCGCAGCCCCAGGGUUUUAUAAAGCAAACUAUUAAAGAAUCUUGAUUUGAAUUUUAAAAAUGGCCUCGCUGUGUCACCGCGCAUGCAACAGGUGGACUUCACUGAGAGUUUUUGGUCUCCUUUUCUCUUCCAACCCAGAGGUGAAGGUGAUGCCUGCAGCAUCAUACAGCCUUCAUCCUCCAACUGGUGCAGGCGGACAUCGGUGUUUCCUCGUUCAAAAGCGCUGGAGGUUGACACAUUUUAGCUUCAGCUCCUCAGCACCAGGCUCGCCACCCAGUGAAGAAGCUGACUCGGUGCAGUUCGUAGACAACAGUCCGUUGCAAAAUACAAAGCACAACCAGGGCCGAACCGAACUGUCCGCACCGGAUGACAGCUUACUACCCAUAGUAUUUGAUGAUGUCCCACUACCGUCGGUGUUUGAGGAAAUAUCUGACGAGGAAGCUUUACACAUUGAGGCGAGCCCACCACUCCCUCCAACCUCUUUCACGCUUCGUGACUACGUGGACAGGUCCGAGACUCUGACCAAGCUGGUGCUUCUAGGUGUCGACCUGUCCAAACUACAAAAGCGACCAAAUGUGGCCAAUAUGCUAUUGCGACUGGAUUUUGACCGAGACGUAAAAGAUCGACUUCUGUUCCUGAAGGAUGUAGGUGUAGAAGAAGAAUUGCUCGGAGCAUUCCUCACAAGGAAUCCCUUCAUCCUCACUGAAGACUUGGAGAAUUUACAGAAGAGGGUACAAUAUCUGCAAUCGAAGAAAUUCAGCACAGCAGCCAUUUCACGGAUGGUGUCAGGAGCUCCGUAUUUGUUAAAUUUCAGCGUGGAAAGACUGGACAACAGGUUGGGAUUCUACCAGAAAGAACUAGGACUAAGUACACAGAAGACUCGAGAUCUGGUCAUUCGACUCCCUAAAUUGCUGACUGGUAGCUUGGAGCCAGUCAAGGAAAAUCUUAGAGUUUGUCGGAUUGAGUUGGGCUUUCGUGAGAAUGAAAUCCAGCAAAUGGUCACGUGUGUCCCUAAGCUACUCCUUGCCAGCAAGAGUAAAGUGACUAGAUUGUUCGAUUACCUGCACAAUACAAUGGGCAUUCCUCACCAUCUGAUCACAAAGUUUCCUCAGGCUUUCAAUGCAAAGUUUUUGAGGAUAAAAGAUCGACACCUGUUUCUCCAGCAUGUGGGCCGGGCCCAGUAUGACCCAUCUCAGCCCAACUACAUUCCCCUGGAUAAACUGGUGGCAACGCCCGACGAUGUAUUUUGUGUGACGUUAGCAAAAGCCAUGUUGUCAGACUUUGAGACGUUCCAAAAAACGCUCUAAAUUAUUUACGUGGCUUCGUGGACUGGGCGGCAUGGUGGCGCGGCAGGUAGAGUUGCUGCCUCACAGUGUCAGUGACCCGGGUUCCAUCCUGACAGCGGGUGCAGCCUGUGCAGGGUUUGUAUGUUCUCCUGGUGACCGCCUGGGAUAUCUCCGGGUGCUCCGGUUUCAAUAGACAAUAGGUGCAGGAGUAGGCCAUUCGGCCCUUCGAGCCAGCACCGCCAUUCAAUGUGAUCAUGGCUGAUCAUCCUUAAUCAGUACCCCCUUCCUGCCUUCUCCCCAUAUCCCCCGACUCCAUUAUCUUUAAGAGCCCUCUCUUGAAAGUACCUAGAUAACCGGCCUCCACCGCCCUCUGAGGCAGAGAAUUCCACAGACUCACAGCUCUGUGUGGAAAAAGUGUUUCCUCAUCUCCAUUCUAAAUGGCUUACCCCUUAUUCUUAAACUGUGGCCUCUCGUUCUGGACUCCCCCAACAUCGGGAACAUGUUUCCUGCUUCUAGCGUGUCCAAACCCUUAAUAAUCUUAUAUGUUUCAAUAAGAUGCCCUCUCAUCCUUCUAAAGUAUAUAGUGUAUCCUCAUCUCCGUUCUAAAUGGCUUACGCCUUCCUCCCUAACAGCAAAGACGCACAGGUUUGUAGGUUAAUUGGCUUCUGUAAAUUCCCCCUGGAAUGUAGGAUCAAACUAGUGCAUCGGGUGAUUGCUGGUCGGCACUGCCUCGGUGGGCCGAAGGGCCUGUUUCCAUACUGUACCUCUAAACUAAACUAAUAACUGAAGAACAGUACAGCACAGGAGCAGGCCCUUCGACCCCCAAUGUCCAUGCUGAACAUGAUGCCAAGAUAAGCUAACCUUAUCUGUCAGCAUGUGAUCUAUGUCCCUGCGUAUCCAUGUACCUAUCCAAAGACCUCUUCAAUGCAGUGGUUCAAGUGUACUUUGUUUGCCAAAGGAAGUUGAGGUGCAGUGAAAUUCAUUUUGAAUAGAGUCCAGUAUAGGUAUCACUGUACCCAAGCACUAAAAUACAUCUUGGAUAAGCAUCCUGGAUACAGUGCAAGUGUACACUAAUUGUACCAAGACGGUAUACAGAGUCUGUACCAAUUUCAAGUCUCAGUUGUUAAUGGGCCUGUCCCAUUUAGGCGAUUUUUUGGGCGACUACAGGCGACUGCCGCAAAAUUUUCAACAUGUUGAAACAUUUUCGACGACAGUGGUGACAAUUUUUGCUGUCGUAGGUUGACGAAGGUGUUGUCGUAGGUUGUCGCCAAGUGUUGUAGGUGGAUUCCAUUAAAACUAGUCGGUUGGCAGUCGCCAAAAGUGUCGUCGAAGUGGGACAGGCUCUUAAGUGCUUCGCCACACUCUGCAGCUGCAGGCUGUAAGCCACUAUCCCAUACCCCACAACCACCACUGGCCUCUGGCUGUGUGCGUUCCAGGUACCAAACCUUUCUCUGUGUAAAAACUGGCCUUUCACACCUCAUUAGACAAUAGGUACAGGAGUAGGCCAUUCGGCCCUUCGAGCCAGCACCGCCAUUCAAUGUGAUCAUGGCUGUUCAUCCCCAAUCAGUACCCCGUUCCUGCCUUCUCCCUAUAUCCCCUGACACUGCUAUUUUUACGAGCCCUAUCUAGCUCUCUCUUGACAGCAUCCAGAGAACCUGCCUCCACCGCCCUCUGAGGCAGAGAAUUCCACAGACUCACAACUCUCUGUGAGGAAAAAAUGUUUCCUUGUCUCUGUUCUAAAUGGCUUACUCCUUAUUCUUAUCCUUACUCCUUGAAAUGUUGUCGCCCUCUCACCAGACAGACCCUCUGGCCUUUGACCUUUCCACCUUGGGAAAGAGGUUCUGUCUGCCUAACCUAUCGAAGCUUCUAAUAGUAAACCUAGAAGCAUAGAAAAUAGAUGCAGGAGUAGGCCAUUCGGCCCAAGUCAGGACCGCCAUUCAAUAGGAUCAUGGCUGGCCAUCCUAUAAGCCAUGAUCAUAUUGAAUGGCGGUGCUGGCUCGAAGGGCCAAAUGGCCUACACCUGCAUCUAUUUUCUGCUUACUAUUAGAGAGCGAUCUACCUCUCCAUAUUUGCUGACGACACACAGUGCCCUCCAUAAUGUUUGGGACAAACACCCAUCAAUUAUUUGCUUCUGUACUCCAAAAUUUGAAAUUUGUAAUAGAAAAAAAUCACAUGUGGUUAAAGUGCACAUUGUCAGGUGUUAAUGAAGGCUAUUUUUAUACAUUUUGGUUUCACCAUGUAGAAAUGGCAAUAGUGUUUAUACAUAGUCUCCCCCCAUUUCAGGGCACCAUAAUGUUUGGGACACAACAAUGUCAUGUAAAUGAAAGUAGUCUUAUUUAGUAUUUUGUUGCAUAUCAUUGGCAUGCAAUGACUGCUUGAAGUCUGUGAUUCAUGGACAUCACCAGUUGCUGGGUGUCUUUUCUGGUGAUGCUCUGCCAGGUUUGUAUUGCAGCCACCUUUAGUUUAUGCUUGUUUUGGGCGCUAGUCCCCUUCAGUUUUCACUUCAGCAUAUAAAAGGCAUGUUCAAUUGG